UGCACUGUCUUUGUGUAUCCGAAUACCGCUUUGUGUGUGUACUUAGAAUUCUAUAUACACACACAUUUUUAUUCGCUUUAUUUAAACAUGGCGUCCCAGUGUCCUAGGUGUGAGAAGACGGUGUAUUUCGCAGAGAAAGUGAGCUCUCUGGGAAAAGACUGGCACAAAUUUUGUCUUAAGUGUGAACGCUGCAAUAAAACCCUGAAUCCUGGAGGACAUGCUGAGCAUGAUGGGAAACCCUACUGCCAUAAACCCUGCUAUGCGACACUGUACGGACCCAAAGGUGUGAAUAUCGGUGGUGCUGGAUCGUACAUGUACGAGACCCUGGUGUCUGAGGUGCAGACCACCACCACACCACCCAGAGCUGAGGAGAGGAAACCUACAGCACCACCUAGAGGACCAGUGAAGGGUGAGAACCUCAGCAAACCAAUAAACGCGAGUUUCACAACUGCAGUAAUCUGCACUAAUCUAUCUUUCUGUGCAGCUGCAAGUUUCUCAUCAUUUACUGGAGAACCGAACCUCUGUCCGCGAUGCAGCAAAACUGUCUACUUCGCGGAGAAGGUGAUGUCCCUGGGUAAAGACUGGCACAGGCCGUGUCUGCGCUGUGAGAGGUGUAGUAAGACACUCGCUCCAGGAGGUCACGCUGAGCAUGAUGGCCAGCCAUACUGCCAUAAACCCUGCUAUGCUGUACUGUUUGGACCUAAAGGUGUGAACACUGGAGGGAUGGGCAGCUACAUCUAUAAAGAGCCAAACACCGAGACUCAGUCAUGAGUCUACCACACACACACAUACACACACACACACACACACACACACUGCACAAUUUAUAUGUUUAUGUAUUCUGAUGUAGUGUUCAGGUAAAUUAAACUCGUUACGGUACAUUAUUAUUGUUGUUGUUAUUGUUAUUGUGUAGAUGCAUUCAGUCUUCCACUGUGAGUUUUGGACCUACAAAUUCUUUUCAGGAACAGUGUUCAGACUCAUGAACAUGUACACACUCCAACACACACCUGAUGCUCUCUGCACUUAUUCAGGUCACGCUGUGUCUAAGCUGUAGCUCACUGCCCUGAUAUUAUAGCUAACCAACCACAAUACAGGAAGUGCCGUCUUAAACCAGGGCAACUCACACUAGCCACAUUUCAUUAUAAUAUAUAGUAUUUACUUAAUUAAUACUGGAUAUAUCUUAGUAAAGUUACUCAGUCUUUGCUUU